UUUUCAUGGUUAGCUUUCUCGCCCUAGAAACCGAGUCAACCAUUACUAUCAGCGAGUAUUCCUGCCUGAAUUCGAGCACUUUCACACUGAAUAGCACCUACGAGGCGAAUCUCAGGCUUCUCCUUCAAUCCCUUCCCUCUCACACCAACUCGAGCAAUGGAUUCUUCAACACGAACACGGGCAUGGGGGAGCCAAAUGACGCCGAAGCUGUAUAUGGCAGAUUCCUAUGCAGGGGAGAUGUCACCAAGGAAGUGUGCCUGGAAUGUGUGAAAGCUGCUAGUGUCAGUAUCAAAGAGAAAUGUCCUACGGUCAAAGCGGCCAUCCUCUGGUACGACGAGUGCAUGUUGCAGUAUUCUAACCGUAACUUCUUCCCAGCGACGGAUGAAGUGCCUAUUCUGGAAAGUUAUAAUCGGCGGAAUGUGAACCAGCCCACCGAUUUCAUGAAGCUGUUGGGAAAAACAUUGAAGCAGUUGAUUACUCGGGCUGCUAAAAGAUCCGAUAAGAAGUAUGCUUCCAAAGAGGCCCCCGUCAAAGGAUACAGCGACGCUACUCUGUAUACGUUUGCCCAGUGCAGGCCUGAUCUCUCAGCGGCUCACUGCGAGGAUUGCCUGCAGAAUGUGAUUUCGAUUCUCCUGACAAAACAAACUGGGAAAAUCGGAGGCAGAAUCUUGCGUUCGAGUUGCUUCGCCAGGUUCGAGAUAAGCCCGUUCUACACAGUCGAAAAGAAAAGGCAUUUUUCAUCAAGAUUAACUAUCGGGAUCACUGCUGCAACUUUGGCGGUCGGUCUACUUUGUGUCGUGCUCUGGUUUACCCUCAAAAGAGAAAGGAGCAAGAGAAACAAUGUCGAAGAAGAUCUAAAUGUUGGAAGCAAAAUUUCAGAACUACAUUCGUUGCAAUUUGAUGUGGGCACAAUUGAAGCCGCCACAGAUUACUUCUCAAAUGGCAACAAAUUAGGGGAAGGCGGGUUUGGUCCGGUUUACAGGGGUACACUCCCUUGUGGGAGAAGAAUUGCAGCAAAAAGGUUGUCUCAAAAUUCGAAACAAGGCAUGCAGGAAUUCAAAAACGAAGUUGAAUUGGCAGCCAAGCUUCAGCACAGAAACCUAGUGAGGCUAUUAGGAUUUUCGAUGGAAAGAGAAGAAACGAUACUAGUCUAUGAGUAUGUGCCCAACGGAAGCCUCGACCGGCUGCUCUUCGGUUUGUGCCUCACUCUUUUAUCUUCUUUAAAAAUUAUUUCGUUCCACUCAUUGUAG